ACAACGCGUCCAUAGGCAUUCGUUCCUUUACCAUUCACACAACCAUGCCCAUACGAACAACCACAGAGAGUUCUUGCAGCUCUCAGCAAUCCGAUACAGUAGCCAUUGAGACAAUUCUUGAGGAAUUGCGCGCCAAAAACGCAGCAAGGAGAAUUAAAAAGCGUGAACAACUCGAGAAUGAGUAUGAAAAACAAAAGGAAUCUUUGAAAAAUGAUUUUGAGAAACAGAUGGAAGAGAAACUUGCCAAAUUUGUCCAAGACAUGGAUGAACUGCCAGUGAGGAUAAACACGUUGCUUCAGAGACGAGCAAACAUUCUUUCAAGAUUAAAGGAAAUCGAUGACGAGAUGAAGAACCGCAAACAAGAAUGUUUUGCUCAAAUGAAAACAGCAAUGAAGGGUGCUGGUUUGCCGGAAAACUGAUGGAUAGGAAGUUUGUACUCGGCUUGCUCGUUAACGAAUGAGUGUACUACUGAACUCGUCCUUUACUGGUUGUGCAGCACGGAAAAAAGCAUCCAAUUUACCGUCCAAACGUUGCAGACUGUUUUUAAGACGCUUAUUUUCUGAUAUAAGACUCGCUUUUUUCUUUAGCAAAUCUUGUCGAGCUUGCGACAACUUCUGGCGCUCGGAAAGCUCCCCGUUGAGCAUCUCAAUCAUGCAUUCGUGCUCAGAGAGUUCCUUCUUCUCUGGAUGCUUUUCAAGAAAUGCUUCUUUUGAAGAGAGAGGGAUUUUCGUAUAAUAAUGUCUAAACAAGUUAGCGAUGAGAAAAGUUAAAACUCGAUGAAAACAUACUCUCUGCCGUUGAAUUCAUUAAUGCUGGCUUGCAAAUGAAGUUUUAUAUAGCGGAGUUUUUCAAGCUUGUAUGAUGCUGCAUUCAGUUUUUCACGAGCCUCAGCAACAUUCAAGGAUGUCUGGUGCAAUUGCAGAUAUGCAUUACGGUUUGCUUCACGAAGUUUCACAAGCAAAGCAAACAAUUGUCGUUUUUUCAAUUUUCCGUUUUCUGAGCUUUUCUGCAACUGGCAACAGAGUCGCCGAGUGCUUUCUAGACAGUCCAGACAUUGAGUAACAGUCUCCUGUGACAUGUUUAACACGCGCUGCUUGUACAAUGAGCGUUAAACGAAACGUUACAGAAACAAGUUGUGCUAUGUGGGAAUACGGCAGACGAAGCACCUUCUU